AUGAAAGAAUUUGAGAAAGAAGUAAUGAUGUUAGAUAAAUUUCGAAGUGAAUAUAUUAUUCAAUUUUAUGGAGUAUUUAUUCAUAAUAAAAUAUGUAUGAUAACAGAAUAUGCAAAAUAUGGAUCAAUACAAGAUUUAAUUAAUAAAAGAACAAACACCGAAAUACCAAAUAAAAUAAGAAUUAAAUUCAUGAUAGAUGGAGCAAAAGGAAUUUCAUAUCUUCAUUCAAAUGGAAUACUACAUCGAGAUAUUAAACCAGAUAAUUUUCUUGUUGUAUCAAUUGAUGAUAAUAUUGGAAUUAAUUGUAAAUUAACAGAUUUUGGAAGUUCAAGAAACAUUAAUAUGACGAUUAUGUUUAUUGAAAGAAUGGAAGUAGAAGACAUAAAAAAAGAAUAG